AUGGACCCUAAAGUGGCGAAGUUGGUGCUCGCUGCCAAGAAAGAUGACCAGUUGGAAUUGAAUGUGAAAGUAAACAGAAUCAUGGCGUCUCAGCAGUUCCAAGCCAACCAAGAUUUGCAGGAGCAAAGCGGUGGCAAGCUAGCCAAGGUUCGCUUCACUGAAAGAUAUUUGUCCGUGUCUGGAAGCCACGCUGUCUCGUUUGUCAAGAGUGUGGCACAGGGAUGCGCGACCGAUGAUCCUGGUUUGCUGGAGAUGUGCCCAAAUGGCCAGCUUUCGCUUGCUGCCAUGCAGGUCGCUUUUUGGUUCAACCAAUGCAAGGACAUGGCAGAAGCAGUCAAAUUGACUGUGGCAUCUCAACCUGCUUGCUCUCACUACAUGGAAACCAUUGGGUCCUAUGUGAGAUUGUACGGUGGAGGUGUCAUGAAAGUGUUGGAUGGCAUGUCGAAGCUCUAUGGCAGCAAUGCUUGCAUUGGCGAGGAGUUCAUGGACCAUGUGACAUUUCUGGAUUUCAAAGAUCCAGACACAACGUUGGUUUGGCUGAGAGCCGGGUGUUUAGCAGCAAACUGCACCAGCCCCAGGUCAGUGGAUUCGAUCUCCAAGUUCUUGGUGAAGAGCGACUUGGGCAAUUUGAAGCAUGCGAAAAUCAGAGCAGAUGUGAAAAAGGGGAAUUUGCAAACAGACAAGAAAGGCAUCACUCUGAUGGGCAGGCUGCCUGUGAGAGUAGUUCUGGUCCUGACGAACAAAUCAGGAAAGGGUCGCGAGCAGAAGGUUUACAAUAACCUGCAAGAAGUCAAGGACACCUUCGUUGAAGAAUUGUCGUCUUUGCAGAACCCGAGCAGAGCACCGAACCCAGCUCAAACUGCUCAAGCUGUACCUGCCACUACCCAAGCUGAAGCUGUUGUCUCUUUGAAGGACGCAGCAAGUGCAUCUCACAUCGCGCUGGAAAGCCACAAGCACUUGGCAAUUGGAAAGCUCUAUGUGCACAAGGAUGACCACCGCAAGAUCUGGAAGUUUGUCGCCAUUGAUUCCCAGGCAGGAAAAUUUAGUCACCAGCCUUUGUUUGGAUCUCUUGAAGAGGCAGUUGUGAAGCUAUCAGAUUUGAAGGAUUGGAAGGUGUGUACCCUCAAAGAGCCUGAGCUUGUAGACGAUGGAAAACUGGACAACAUGCUGCCUUUGAAAUCCCAACAGCUUGAUGUCUUGCUUGCGAAGGCUCAAUGCCAGGUGGGAGUGUAUGAAUUCUACGAGAAGCAGGGUGAACCAGAUGUCACCAUCUCGAAAACAGGCAGUUUGUAUGCCAGGAAGACCAUGAAGAAAGGAAGCUUGAAGUUGGCGCCAUUUGGCUCAGUGCAAAUUUGUGACAUGUCCAAAAUGGCCAAAAAUGCUUGUGUGCUGCAAGUGCAAGGAAGGACGGAGACGUUUGCAGUGGCGCCACCAAAAGCUGACUUCAAGAAAGGCAGUGGGUCCUUUGUGCCUUUUCAUCUUCUGAAACAUGCUGAUGAUGGCAACGAGGCUGCUGGCAACAUGGAAAAGGUCCAAGUGAAACAUGAGAAGAUGACAAUCCCUGUGUACAAGAACAAGCGGCAGAUUGACGAAGGAACAGAGCUGCUCUUGGAGCCUUUGCCAGCAGCUCGCAAAAAGUCUAAGGUCAAAAAGUGA